GUUGCGUAUUAUCUGCCUAACGAGAUAUUACGUUGUACCACAGAUUAUCUGUGUUUAUACUAAAAUGACACGGUGUUGUGCUUAUAAAUGUAGAAAUUCUACUAAUCAAACUGUAAGAAUAAGUGUUCAUAAAUUUCCUAGUCGUGAGAAAUCGCCCUUACGUUUUAAAUCAUGGGCAGAGGCAUUGGAUUAUAUACUACGAACUAUAUAAUCAAUGGCAGAGGAUAAAUCGGGUUAAAUUUGAACCGACUAAAAGCGCUGUAGUUUGUUCCGUACAUUUUGCCAGUGGAGAUUUCGAACCAGGCCCUGUUUUACAAUAGUAUAUUGAAAGACAAGUGUUACAAUGCGACCUAUUGUAAAGCUGCAUUUAUAAUCACUUUGUAGGCGAAGUGCAACUUUGGCACGCGUGUUAGACAUACGGAGUGUAGGUAUACCAUUCACAACAUCAUCGCGAGUCGCGACUCAGCACGGCGUGCUGCUUGUUUAUGGACGCUUGCAAGCUGCAAGGUUGUUUGUCUCGUGCUGGCACACGAUCAUGCGCAAUAGUAAACAUUUUAAAUUUCUAACCUCAGAGCAAUUUUUUUUUAUUGAUAAAGCAUAAAUUUUAUCUAUAAUGUCUGAUGUAGAAGUAAAAGCCCUUUUGUUGGGAAGUAUUGCUACCUUAUUAUCUAUUAAAUUAAAACUAAAAAGCACGAAGAAAACGCGAAAGCGAAAAAGGUUUGGAAUUCAUCCAAUGCUACUGCAAAGAAAAAGUCAGGGGUUUUAUGACAAUUUAAUAAAUGAAAUUCGAAUCCAUGAUCCGUAUAUGUUUUUUAAUUUCACUAGGAUGUCUUCAAGCUCUUUUGAUAAAUUAUUGUCACUUGUGGGCCCAGAUAUUGCAAAAAAAUCUCUAAGAGAAUCGAUAUCUCCAGGGUGCAGGCUUGCAAUUACAUUACGAUUUUUGGCAACUGGAGAUUCUUAUCCAAGCUUGUCAUAUUCCUUUCGGGUUGCUGUACCAACAAUUUGUAAUAUUAUUAGAGAAACGUGCUUGGUGUUGUGGAAUGUUUUGUUUCCAAUAGUGUUAAAAACCCCAAAUGAAGAGAUGUUAAAAAAAUUUGAAAAAGAAUUUUGUACUAAGUGGUCAUUACCAAACUGCGUAGGGGCUAUAGAUGGCAAACAUGUGACAAUUCAAGCACCUUAUAAGUCAGGCUCUACAUUUUUUAAUUAUAAAAAAAAUUUUAGCAUUGUUUUAUUGGGCGUGUGCAAUGCAGACUACAUGUUUACUUAUGUGGACAUAGGAGCAUACGGUUCACAAAGUGAUGGAGGUGUUUUAAAUCAAUCACAAUUUGGACAAAAACUUUCUACAAAUAGUCUUAAUUUACCAUCUCCAAAGUUGUUACCCGUUUCAAGCAAUGGUCUACAAAUUCCACACUUCUUUGUUGGAGAUGAAGCGUUCCCACUUAGAAGCAAUUUGAUGCGUCCAUACAGCAAAGGCCGAAAUGGUACAAUGCCUGAAGACGAAAAAAUAUUCAAUGAUCGUCUCUCUAGAGCCAGAAGAAUAAUUGAAAAUGUUUUCGGAAUUUUAGUGGCAAGGUUCAGAAUAUUCCACCGUACCAUAAAUGCUUUUCCUGAAACAGUUGAUAAUAUUGUGAAAGCCUGUGUAUGUUUACACAAUUAUAUAAGAAUGGAAAAUAAUGAAUGUUAUUUUCAAAAUGAAGACAUCGAUAGAGAAGUAGAUGGAAAGUUAAUUUCUGGGAGAUGGAGGACUGAGACUCCAGUUGAUGGGGCUCUGACAAACCUUCGACUGCGGUUAGGUGCUAGAAAUUCUGGUGAAACUGCCUUAGCUAUGAGAACAUAUUUAAAAGAAUACUUCAAUGGUUCAGGAGCAUCUUUAGCACCAUGGCAGUGGAAUGUAAUAAAUAAAACUAAUUGAAACGUUUAAUACUGUAAUGUUCUAAUAUCAUUUUGAAGAUUGUAUUGCUUAAUGAAAUAAAAUAAUGAAAAUCUUGAA